UAUUAGAAGCUAUAUUUUGAGCCAUGAGCACAGUGACCAGGCCUUCUUCUUCUUCAGCGACAACCUCUGUCAUCUUAGAAACCCCUGUUUCUCAGUCCCAACCUACGGAAAGAUUAGUGCUUCGGUUGAACAGGAAGAAGAAGAAAGUCUCAUGGAAAGACGGAACAGUUGAUAACGAGUUUAUGCAGAAAAAGAGUUCCAAGAAGUGUUGCAUCUUUCACAAACAGAAGCCCUUUGAUGAGGAUGACAGCGACGAAGAUGAAGAUAACAACCACCACCAUGAACACUGCGAAUCUGGUGAGGCCUCUUCCUCUAACGAUUCUAAAGCAUCUGACUAAUCAUUUGCGGCUUUUCACAUCACAAUUUAGAGAUAUUUGAAGCUUUAUAAUAUGUCAUGGAAGAACACUAAAACUCUUCUGAGGUUUUGGGCUUUCAAGAUCUUCUCUUCUCUGGCUUUAUUAGUAUAUGUACAUUGUAAUUUGCAUAUUACACACUGCAAUGCUGAUUUAUAACUACUUAAAAAGCUGUAUUGACAAUUACGUGAGAGCAUCUUUUCAGAUAUAA